AUGAAUUUUGGUCUCCUUGCUAAACCACUGUAUGAGGCCUUGAAGGAGCACCAGCUGGAAUGGACAUCUCAGCGGAAAAGGGCUUUUCAGGAGCUGAAACAGGCAUUGAAGGAGGCCCCAGCUCUGGGACUUCCGGACUUAACUAAAGGAUUCCAGCUGUACGUCAACGAGAGACAGAAAUUGGCCUUGGGGGUUCUUACCCAGAAGGUCCGAACAUAGAAAAGGCCAGUGGGAUACUUUUCUAAACAGCUGGACUCGGUAAGCUCUGGGUGGCCCUCUUGCUUGCGAGCGGUAGCUGCAACAAUUGCCCUUAUCCAGGAGGCCCGGAAGUUGACCUUAGGACAAAAAAUGGAAGUAUUUGUUCCCCAUAUGGUCAUGGCCGUCCUGGAACAAAAGGGGGGACAUUGGCUGUCAUCCAGCUGUAUGUUGCAGUAUCAAGCAAUAUUGAGGGAACAAGAUGAUGUGAAAAUGAAAACCACUAACCAUGUCAAUCCAGCAGAAUUCUUGCGCGGAGACCGAGAGGAGGGAGAGUUGGCACACGGUUGUGUUGAAGUGAUUGAACAGGUGUAUGCCAGCCGACCUGACCUGAAAGAUGAACCAUUAGAGGAACCAGAUUGGGAACUCUACACGGACAGAUCCAGCUUCGUGGAAAAUGGGACUCGAUAUGCAGGCUAUGCUGUGGUAACCCUGGACCAGGUAAUAGAAGCCAAGGCACUGAUGCCCGGAACGUCUGCUCAGAAGGCAGAGAUAAUUGGACUUACUAGGGCCCUGUAUUUGAGUAAAGACAAGAAAGUUAAUAUAUGGACAGAUUCCAAAUAUGCAUUUGGUGUGGUCCACGUGCACGGGGCAUUGUGGAAAGAGAGGGGACUGUUGAAUUCACAGGGAGCCAGUGUUAAGCACCAAGAGGCAGUACUACAGCUGUUAGAUGCUAUACACAGUCCUGAGGUUGUUGCAAUUAUGCACGUGAGGGGACACCAAACCGCUGAGGGAAAAAUCUACCAGGGAAACCGGUUUGCUGAUGCCGUCGCAAGACAAGUUGCACGAAAGGUAUGGACUCAGAUGGCUCUAAUACCGGUAAGGACUAACCCCGCGACCCCAUACUUGAAUCAAGAACCAGUGUAUUCGACGGAGGAUGUGAAGCUAGUAAAUUUAUUAGGGGCACAAAAGAAUCAGACUGGAUGGUAUGUUACUUCCCUGGGACAAGUUGUGGUGCCAGCCCGAAUAAUGAAAUUUAUUUUAGAAUCAGAGCAUAACAAAUGCCAUUGGGGAGCAGAGGCAUUGGUUAAAUUUUUAAAGAAUGAAGUCAUCUCUAAUCAGAUGUUAACAAUGGCAAAAAGGGUUAACACAAUGUGUCCUGUGUGUUUGAAAAACAAUUCAAUAGUUAGGAGACAAAUACAAAUGGGAAAUUACAGAGGAGAAAAGUUCCACCUGCCAGGGAUGCUGGACACCGGUGCUGACGUGACCAUCAUCGCUCGCUCAGAGUGGCCAGCACACUGGGAUCUACAGCCAGUGCCAGGCAUGAUUUCAGGGAUCGGUGGAGCCACAGUGUCCAUGCGGAGCAAGAACAACGUCCUCGUCGAAGGGCCUGAAGGCAAGCUGGCAACCAUCCGCCCAUUCGUGCCAGGAUUUCUAACUGGGGCCACUGAGGAGCGCGCACUGCCAGAUACUCCUCAACUCACCUGGAAAAGCCAUGACCCGAUCUGGAUCGAGCAGUGGCCCCUUUCCGAAGUAAAGCUGCGCGCACUACAAGCUCUCGUGGAAGAACAGCUAACCAAAGGCCACAUCGUUGAGACCACCAGCCCUUGGAACUCUCCAGUCUUUGUACUGAAAAAGCCUGGAACGGACAGGUGGAGGCUCCUCCACGACCUUCGCAAAAUCAACGAAGUCGUCGAGGACAUGGGCCCCUUACAGCCAGGCCUGCCCUCCCCAGCCAUGCUGCCUAGAGACUGGACACUUGCUAUCAUAGACAUUAAAGACUGUUUUUUCAGCAUACCUCUGCACCCUCUCGAUGCCCCACGGUUUGCUUUCUCGGUGCCAUCUCUUAACAGGGAGGCUCCACUUAAAAGAUAUCAUUGGCGUUUUCUGCCUCAAGGACUGAAGUCCAGUCCUACUAUAUGCCAGUGGUAUGUUGCUCACAUCCUGUCUCCUGUUCGGAAGCUAUUCCCAGAGGCAAUCAUCCACCACUAUAUGGAUGACAUCCUGGUCUGUGCAUCAGAAAAAGCUUACCUGGACAAAGCAGUUAAAAAGACUAUUGAAACCAUAGAAAAGGCAGGAUUCGAGAUCCGUGAGGACAAAAUACAGUACACCAACCCAUGGACUUACCUUGGCUUCCAGAUCCGGGAAAGGACCAUCGUACCCCAGCAGCUCGCCAUCCGAGACGACCCAAAAACCCAGAAGGAUUUACACAGCUUGUGUGGAUCCAUCAACUGGGUGCGUCCCCUGCUAGGAAUCACAACAGAGGACCUUGCUCCCCUGUUCAACCUUCUCCGUGGCCACGAGGAUCUAGACUCUCCAUGCACUCUCACAACAGAGGCCCGAGAUGCCAUCACCAAGGUCCAAGAAGCCCUGUCUUCACGCAAAGCCCAUCGCUUUGAACCCAGCCUGCCCUUCCAGUUCACCAUUUUGGGAAAAGCACCUCGGUUUUAUGGACUGAUUUUCCAGGUGUGA